AUGCUUCAGGGUCAAAGAGCUCUUGUCACUGGAGGCUCCCAGGGGCUCGGUUUGGCUAUAGCAAGAAAGUUGGCUCAUUUGGGCUGCUCUGUCACACUUGUGGCUAGAAAUGAAUCCAAGUUAAAGGCGAACAUUGCCGAUUUUCCUUCUGAUGCUCGCCAUGAUUAUUUGGUCAUGGAUCUUCAACGUCCGAAUUUCACUCAAUUGGCAAGUAAUUUACAAUCCAAGACAAUUUUGGUCAAUUGCGCUGGGAUCUCAAACCAUUCUUUGCUUCCCAGACUCAGCGAUGAUCAAAUUGCUGCUACAAUUAACCUCAACUUGACAACUCCAAUCAUUCUUUCCAAAUUAUCGUACAAACAUAUGCUAAAAAACAACCAGGACUUUGUUCCUACAAUUCUCAACAUAGCAUCGGUUCUCUCUUAUACCAAAAUUACCAUGCCAGGAACCCUGGUGUAUGCUGCUCUGAAAGCAGGACUUUUAGGAUUCACUCAGUCGCUUGCUUCCGAGUUGAAAAAUAAGGUGAGAGUCAAUGCUCUUUUGCCAGGAUUAAUUGCGGAGACCGAGAUGGGCGCUUCGGUGAAAAUUCCCAUAAAAAAAGUAGGACUUGAUGAAUGUGCUGAGCAAGCGGUAGCUAUGAUCAUGGACCAAAAGCUUUCGGGAAGGUGCGUUGUAUUUGACGCCAAGGGUAAGCGAGAGAUCUGA